UAAACUUUUAAUUAAUUAUAUUAUAUAUGAAGAAUUGGUAUAGCAUCAAAGCCACGCUGGCACAGCAUCACAGCACAGGCAACAGCCAUGCUCCCAUCACCACCACAGGUGGCUGCUCCUCCACCGCCGCCCUCCUCCGACGAGGACUUCUUCUCCACCGCCUCAACUUCCACUUCCUCCGAUUCCAAGCCACAGUCCCCAUCCCCCACGCCUCUCUCCCAUCUCCCUCAGAUCCCCAUCGUAUGGCCCGACGACGGCGCUCUCUCCGCCUCCUGGGUCGCCGACCUCAUGCAGGCCUUCGAAUGGGCUUCCAGAACUCUUCCGCCCUCCGAGUUGCCCUCCGUGCUCCCCGUCGCAGUGUUCGACAAACUUGUGCUCACCGCUUCUAAGAUUUUGCACAAGGAGCCGAAUUGCGUCAGAAUCGAUGAGAAUUCCGGCCUCAAUUCGGAUUGCCGCGUUGUGGUGGUCGGGGACGUUCACGGUCAGUUGCACGAUGUUCUGUUUCUGCUGAGAAAUGCUGGAUUUCCGGCCGAUGAUCGCUUUUUUGUGUUCAACGGGGAUUAUGUGGACAGAGGUGCUUGGGGCCUCGAGGUUUUUCUGCUUCUGCUGGCGUGGAAGGUUCUUAUGCCUCACAGGGUAUUUUUGCUUCGUGGAAAUCAUGAAUCUAAGUAUUGCACUUCUGUAUAUGGAUUUGAAAAGGAAGUGUUAGUUAAAUAUGGUGAUAAUGGAAAGCAUGUCUACAGAAAGUGUUUGGGAUGUUUCGAAGGACUCCCCCUUGCUUCUAUCAUAGCUGGGCAAGUUUACACUGCACAUGGAGGGCUUUUCCGUGGCACGAUCAUCACUCCUUCGAAAAGGUCUAAAAAGAAGAAUCGUAAGGUUCUUCACAACCCUGAGGUGAAUUCUUUAAUUCUCGGUUCCUUUGAGGAGUUAGCAAAAGCUAGAAGAUCUGUCCUUGAUCCUCCCUGGGAAGGUCAGAACUUGAUUCCUGGUGACAUCCUAUGGUCAGAUCCAUCAAUGAGCCCUGGUCUUUCCCCAAAUACUGAGAGAGGAAUUGGCCUCUUGUAUGGUCCGGAUUGUACUGAAGAAUUUUUGAAGAAGUAUAAUUUAAAGUUAGUCAUCAGGUCACAUGAAGGCCCUGAUGCACGGGAUAAGCGGCCUGAUUUUGGAGGAAUGGAUGUCGGAUAUACUGUAGAUCAUAUUGUCGAAUCCGGCAAGCUCAUCACAUUAUUCAGCGCCCCAGAUUAUCCACAAUUUCAGGCAACAGAAGAGCGAUACAAAAACAAAGGAGCCUAUAUUGUCUUGGAACCUCCAAACUUCGACACACCAAUUUUUCACAGCUUUGAAGCUGUUACCCCAAGACCGAAGGUAAAUCCUUAUUACGAUUUUGAAGAUGUUAUCGAUUCUGAUGAAGAGUUGGACCUGGUAUCAAUGGUGCCGGAUUCUGGACUGCAGCAGCAUGCAGCUGCUUGAAAAGGCAAUAUUACGAUUAUCAUACCGAAUAAAUUUUUGUGUAUGCUCUUUUGCCUUCUUUAUUGAAGUGUGUAUUAUGUAUUUAUGAGAGUGUAUUUUUAUUAUACCUGUGACGCCCUUUUCAAGUAUUGAUUCACUAAUGGUGAAUAUCAUAAUCUUGUACAUUAUGUUACAUUGUGCUGUUGAAUAUGAAGGUCUAAUGACAUCGGAUUUUUUUCA